UGCAUUGUCAUGUUGUGCAUGAAAGUGGGACCGAGUUGACUCGGUCACUCGGACCUACAUGUAGUUGAUUUGAUUGCACCUACGUUUGCACCAGACCCGCACGGAACGUGCAAUUUUUACAAUCAUCGAACAACCAAAAUCGCACCCCCCAAAAAAAGAGAAGUCAUGGCUAGCAACGCUGGGCCGACACCAAGCAAUUUCAUCGUAGUGAAUAACGAUCAGUUGGAUGUUGAGCUUGCAAAUGCAGGGAAUAAACCGGUGAUUGUUGACUUUACCGCCAAAUGGUGUGGCCCCUGUCGGCGAAUUGCCCCAGUAUUUGAACAGUUACCUACUCAGUUCCCGGGUGCCGUAUUUCUGAAAUGCGAUGUUGAGGAUAAUGCUCAAUCAAGCGCCAAGUACGGAAUCCGUGCCAUGCCCACCUUUGUCUUUUUCCGCAGCAAGGCAAAGAUUGAUGAAUUCCGUGGAGCCAAAAUGCCGGACCUCAAGCUGAAAGUGGAGAAGUGGUUGGAAUCUGAAGCCAAUGGUGAACAGGCGGAGGAUAAGUCCAAAAGUUAUAUGGACUUGGUUAAGUUGAUUGACAAGUCGUCUAUCGAGUGUUUAAAUCAGUGCAACGAUCAUGACAUUGAAGCUUGUCUGACAAACGAUGACAGAUAUAUGGAAUCGGAUUGCGAUGAACAGCUGAUAAUAAACAUAGGUUUCAUCCAGAAUGUGAAAGUCCACUCGUUGAAGAUUACAGGACCGGAAGGCUUCGUCCCUAAGACAGUGAAGAUCUUUGUCAACGAAAUCAAGACCUUGGACUUUGACACAGCUGAGAGAAGUGAACCAGUGCAGGAAUUGAAUUUGACAAAAGAUGACGUGGGUGAAGACGUGGUCAUUCCACUUCGGUUCGUCAAGUUCCAGAAUGUGUCAUCUGUGACAUUAUUUGUGAAGGAUAAUCAAGGUAUGGAGGACACGACUAGAAUUGGGCAUCUGGCAUUCAUCGGUUCGCCCGUCAACACCACCAAAAUGGGGGAAUUUAAGAGGAUCUCUGGGAAGAAAGGAGAGAGUCACUGAGAAGCUCUUGUUACCAUGGCAACCAAGGCAGUAUAUAAUUAUCGAGGAAGGAGGAGGUAAAUGAGGCAGGAGUACGUUUUGAUCCCGAUCAUAAGCCAAUGUUGUUUUUACUGCAAAUACGCACAAAAUAAGACAGGUAUUCUUCAAUUUAGACUCGCAAAAACAGAAACAAAAUUACAGACAAUAUUCCCACUUGAACCUUUCACAUAAAAAUAAUAACAAAUUGAAAUCUUGUGAAAAUAAAUACAAUACAUAUAUAUCAUUGUCAUGAAAAGGAUGGUCUCUUUUUCCAAUAAUGCUCUUCCUAAUAGCAGCCUUUUAGAUAUUUUAAAUUUCUCAAAAUUCACAGUUGUCAUUUCUGUGGUAAGCAAAAAAAAAAUGGGUUUGGGUCAGUGGCAGUACUUGGGAUUCCAUGUGCAUGGGGGGCUCUUAAGGGGCCUCAAGAGGGCCACACAAUGGGUUUGCUCCCAUUUGGGUCUGUGGGCGUUGUAUGUAAGCUGUUGUGUGUCAUUUCUUCAAUCGAGGUAAAUGAUGGGGAAAAUCACAUUAAAAAAUAAUAAGGAAAACUAAAUAUACUACAAGUACAUGUAUUCUACGUACUAUCUCCUAUCCUUAGCAUUGACUGCAAAGUUAUGAUUAUAAAUGUUUAUCCUGUUAAAGUGAACUUGGUAGCCACCUCUAAAAUUAAUUUUUGUGGAGCUAGAUAUUUAACGAGUUCUUCGCUGAGAAGUGAAUCUGUAGUGUCCAGGUGAUGGAUGUAUAAUUAUUAAUGGUUAAUUAUUGCAGAUAUAGACCAUAUGCGUAGCAGCAGCCAUCUUAGAGGGCAAUGCCUUUGCUUUGCUGGAAUAAGCAUGGGUGAACCUCUGGUGCAUUCAUUGUUACUGAAUUAAAAUAACAAAAGAUGCCCUCUAAGAUGCAUAAGGUCUAUCCAUGGAAGUCACAAAAAGCGAAAAUUCAAAGCUACAAUGGGAAGUGAAAAAUAGGAACUAUCCAACGAAAGGAAAAGAUGCAUGCCUCCAGUUUUCACCUAAAAUAAUAGAAAUACUAAAUUCGGAGGUAUUGUAAGGGGAAAACUGAAUUUGAAAUAUUAUUUUAUGCAUGGCUUGAUGUUGGACAAAAGAACCAAAGUAAAUCGGUUCAAAUUCGGUCUAUUUAGGCUCAGUGCACGCAGACUCGCAGCCUUCAAUCAAUCAUGUAGGCUUUACUUUAAUGAAAUUAAUGUACCACUGUGUUUCAUUAUGUAUGGAUUGAUAUCCCAACAUUUUUACUCAUAAUUACAUUUAUUAUUUAGUUGUUGCUCGAGUUAUAUAUACAAAUGUACACCCGUUUAAUUACAGCAAAUAUUUAUAUAACAGUGAAUGUAGAAUUUAAUCAAAGUAAUUUGAAUGAGUUUUUUUUUUCAAAUUGAUUUUCUGUAUCCAUUUACAUGUAUCUGUAUUGUUGUUGGUAGCACAAUAGACUUUUGAGUGUCAUACCUUUCCAAAAGGUAAUGUACACAUUAAAAAACACUUUUCUUAAAAAUAAUUAAUAUGCCAUAGCAGUUGACUGUCCAUGAUUAUUUGUUGAAUUUCUCAAGUAAUAUCCUUAAGGCAUAUCUAGAGUCGAGAU